GCGCACACCUGAGACUCAUUAGUGGUGUGACGCUUCCAGGCAGCGCUCACUUUAAAACAUAAGCCUUUCUUGACAGAGUUAAUGUGACAAUGAAUUCCCUUCAGCUGUCGUUUAUCAUUUUCAUACUGGUGCCAUAUUCGAUAUCAUUUGGACGUUGUGACGACAUGUCCUUCUCAAUCUGCUGGAUGAGUGAAGGCGGCGCUCUGGAAAGGCAGGAUGGAAACGUCUGGCUCAACGAUACGGCACUAAAAUCCAUCAGGGCGGAGGGUAAAGUUACCUCUCUAACGGUGCCCCCAGCUGUAGAAAACAAGCUAACACUUCAGUACGGAGGCUAUGUUCAGUCAUGGACUUUAAGAUUCACCCCGCGAACGAAGGACACUGAAGUCAGAGGCCAGCAGAAACCCGUAGAGCAACCAACCAGUGCAACUAAGGGCUUCCUGGACUCGAUGAGUCCCAAUGAGGUGUUUGCAUGUGAAAAUGGAACAGUAUUCUUUCAUCAGGAUGAAGACUUCUUCCUUGCAGUUGGCCACACCAAGAGACUCCCUGUUGCGCUGGAGUCCAGGUCUCCAUCCAUGUUGCUGGUGUCUUGGGGGGAGAACCGGCCUGCAUUCAGCAGCAGCCACAUGGUGACCCUGUACUACAUUGAACUGGGCUCCUUUAACGCUCUCGGCACGGAUACCAUCAUCAACACAACCAACAACCACUACCGCUUCACAGCUCUGAAUGCCUGCAGUGCCUAUGUACCCUGUGUGGAGACUGGAGGCAGUCACUCCCUCAUCUGCAUCGCUACUAUUACCGACCCAGACAUUCCCCACGACUUUGCGGUGAAGUCAUGGAACAGCCACAGCCUAUCUUUGGCCUGGGACUGCCCGGAGAAGUUCUCAUUCUUCCUCCUCACCGCCUUCUACCUCAAUGGUGUGGACCACAUCACAGAGGAGGUGCUUUUUUUGGUCCAGGACAACUUUGAGUUUGUCUUGUCUGACCUGGAGCCCUGCACAAAGGUUAAAUUUGGCUUGCAGACAGUUUGUCAGGCGGGGGUCGAGUCCCGCUACAGCAAGAUGGUCCUGAACGAUGGGAACUCUGCUGACUCCAGCAUCGGAGCAUUACGUCAGACAUCGUUCGGUCCCGACAAUUACACCAUAAGCUGGGAGGUGAGGAACACUUCGUCCAUCUCGAUGUUCAGAGUCUACCAUGAGGAGGUGCUGCAGGGUCCCACGCUCAUCACCAGUGCCACUGUGGGCGGGCUGCUGCCAUGCAAACAGUACCAAGCAAAGGUGGAGGCGCUGUGUGGAGACGACUUGCUCAUGAGCUCCAAGGUGGUUACCGCACAUACAGGACCUCGCGGCGUGUCUGAGCUCAGAUAUCGCUCCAACGACUCCACCGCCUUGUGGAUGCCACGCACCCACCAGCCAGCUGUGGCCUUUUUAUACGAGCUGUCUGUGGAAAACGGCCCCACCAUGCAGAGCAGCCGUGUGACUGACCCUGAGGUGCAUCUCCCAGGGCUGGAGAAGGGGAAGACGUACCUCCUCGACGUGUGGGAGGAGUGUGGGGGACAAUGGAAGUCAGAACGUUCACACCUGGAUUUUGAGACACCCAAUUCCUCUUUUGGGCUCCAGAUCAGGGCUGCUGGACAUGUUCUGGAUGAAGGACUGCAGUUUAAUUUAUCCUUUCUGGAUCUCACAAUGAUUGUCCCCUGGUCCAUGCCUGCGGAUCUACUGGAUGACAUGUCUGAACCAAGAGCUAAAAUGGAAAAGAUUUACAAAGAUAAGCUGCAUGAGCUCUUGAAAGACUUCAGUCAACCAGUUCGCAUUGAGCUGGCUUCCUUUGAGCCAGCAGACGAUCCAGAUAAAACAGAGGUUCUGUUUAUGUCUUUUGAUGCAUCCGAAACUGAAAGGGACGUGCCCCUGUCUGUUGGGGAUCUGCUGGAUUACAUUCAAUCCCUGAAGACUGAUGACGUGACUGUCACAGAUGGGGUCAUUCACUGGAAUGGUCCAGAUCUGUGUGCUUCCUCCAAGCGACCUUUGUGUCCUCGUAACUCUCUGUGCAUCAACACUCUGGGCUCCUACACCUGUGUGUGUCAACAUGGCUACUACGACGUGACCUCCAUCAUGGAGCCUCCUGUGGCUUCACAUCCAGUUUGCAACGAAAAAGGCCUUUUCAGCCAGUGUGGACCACGCCAUCAAAUGGUGGCUGGAAUAGCGAAGCCUUACCUGACUUCUUACAUCGGGGGAGAGGUUGACGUGAGGUUGAACGACGGCCGGUGCACUGUAAAUCAGAGUGACGUGUUCUACUACUUCCGCAGCUCACUGAACGCUUCCGAAUGUGGAACACAAAGGCGGGUGAACACAACUCACAUCGUCCUGCAAAACACUCUGACUGUGACCAUGACCAGAGAGCACACCACCACCAGGCGGGAUCUAAAAGUAGUUUGGAAGUGUGUUUACCCACGGCAUUAUAUUCGCAAUGCUCAAGUCGGUGUGGACAUGGAGUGGCUCACCUCCAUCUCCCUGGUGGCGUUCAACUCUUCACUGCAGCUGGGCCUGACCAUGACCCUGCACACCGAUGAGUCCUUCACUUCCAGCUACAGGGAUGUAGUAACCAUGGAGCUUGAAGACACCCUGUUCUUCCAGGUCACCCUGCAGAGCAACAACUCUUUUGCUGCAGAUGUGCUUCUGCAGGUGGAGUCUUGCUGGGCCACUGAGAGCACCGACCCGCAUGAUGCAGUCCAGGCUAUUCUUCUUGAGCAUAGCUGUGCUGUGGACUACACGUUCCGCUGGCUCUCUGUUAACGGCCUUGCGCAGAUGAGCAGAUUUUCCAUUCAAAUGUUCACCAUGCCCAAAGGGCUGCCCCUCUACGUUCACUGCCAGGCCAACAUAUGCGGACAAGUCGAGGACUGUUCAAAGAAUUGUACCAACCACCACCGCCCCAAGAGGUCAGUGAGCCAGACGGGCAGAGAGGGGAAAAAGGCCGCUGUUGUGUCUGCUGGACCUGUGGUGGUCAUCAACCGGAAGAGGACGACAGGAGUCCCAUCUGACUGGACGGAGCACAUGACUAUGAUCUCUAUUGUGGCCGGAUCAAUAGGCUUUUUGGGAGGAGCCGUACUCUUAGUGAGUGCAACCAAAGCUGUCAUGUCAUACUAUGAGCGUCUUCAGCUGCAAUAAAGUGUUUGGAUCCCCA